AUGAACCUGCAUGCCAACUUUAUGCAACUUUGGUCCGCCAAGUUCCCCAGUUGCACUGAUUCCAUCCCCCGACUGGACUGCCUCAAGGCUGAUCAGUUUCUCACUGUGAAUGAACAACGUGCUGCGCUAGAAGUUGCGCACUCUGAAGUGGUUUCCUCCACGGAAAACCUGCGGACAGCUCUCAAUCAACAGAUGUUUAUUGCUGACUACCUACGCUCCUGCAUCACAAAGUUGGGCGCCGUCUCCAAGGUGUUCAGCGAACUGGAGGAAAAUGGUGAGCUGGACGGCAACAUGUCAGUCUGCGAUGCCACCACCUCCGACCGAGCUCCUUUGAAAAGCGAGCCUCAGCAGCAGCAGCAGCAGCAGACACCGGCGCGCACCAGUCGCUGCUCGACCCCCGGCGGCACACCAACCGCAGUAUCCACCACAGGAGCCACCGUGCCAACGACGGCUGCUGCCCUAAAUCUCUCCACCUCCGCGCCCCCGCUCCCUCUGCUGCCGUCUUUCCUUCAGACUGCUUCUCCUCUUCUCUCUGCAGCCUCGCGCAACUUCCUCUUCCAGUCUGCCAUCUCACAACCGUCCAUGGAGCAGAUGUGAGUCCUCAUACCGUUGAUGUCUGGCUUUCAUACAGCUGCAUGCACAUACCCUCGGCCGAUUCUUUUGUGUUAUGGAGACACUUACUGUCUCACCAGAAUGAGUUGCUUAGGAUAUUCUCAAUGAUGCACGUCUCGAGCUAACCGGAGAGAUCAAGUUUUUUUUAGGAGUUCAGGGUGUCUUGUCAUCGUUUUUGGUGGGAAAUCGCACCUCUUUGCACCACGGUCCUUCUGCAAGUCUGGUCAGAAUGUGGGUUAUAGCCCCCCCGAUCGUCCACAACGACGGCUAGACCAUGACUUGCCGAACAGCGGUUGCCUGGAGCGACUUUUAGGAAGGAUGGUUUUCGUAUUUCCCGAAUCCGAAGGUGGACAUCACCACCCACCCCUCCGUCCCACCUGUUUAGACUUGGUUGUCGCCUUACUGCAUGGCGAUGGCAGUCAUAAUUUUGUAAUAACGCUGAGGUUUUUGACUCCCGUAGAUAAUAUCUUAUGCCGUCCCCUUUAACAUAAGCGCAGUGAAGACUUCACGCACGCAAGCGUCUCUAUGCUGAGAAGAGGGCUCAGGGUGCCUGUCUUGGUUAAGGUUAUGCGGGGGCCUCUAAUGUUUCUGAGCACCCUUGGUUUCAGCAAACAAGUAACUAUUAUUGAAAGGCCAUGCCAAAGUCGUCUGCGGAGCGACGUUUUCGUCGAGUGCACCUCCCUAAGGAAGAAGGUGCAUUCACGACCUAAUCGACGUCAGCUUUGAUGGCUGCUUACCAAACACUGCCAUGCUGCUUCUCUGAUCUGCGACAUUAUUUAGCCUAAACGGCGCGAAGAGACGGUGUAGAUGAGGCAGACGGGAACUCAGCAUUCAGUAAUUUGAUUAGGAUUGUUCAUUUCAGGUAAUUAAACAGCUUAUUUUGUCCCACAUAGGGACAGUUAACCCCACUUUUGUCCCGUAUUGUUUCUGCAAAUUUUCCUACACAUACUAACGCUGCUGUUUCUAAUAAUACAUUAGUGGGGACCAUGGUAGCAAGCAUCCCUGGCUGACCGGUACAGUGAAAGAAGCGCCCAUUAACCACCAGGCCCCAACCCUUAGCCGGAGAGCACAAACAACCAUCUCUCCCCUAAGACGUACUUUUAUGCCCUCAUUCCCCCUCCCCCACCUUCUCUCCAUUUUUACCCAGGUACUUUAGAUGCACGUCGGGUGUUAGUGUGCCUAAGCGACGCGUCCCAACCGAAGGUCUUACAAUCCGAGCCCUAGAUUUUACCACAGAAGACCUAGUGUCGCAGGUCGAAAUUGCCCCUUUACAUCUUGUUCGCGCAACAAAUGCCUCCUAGUGAACACUGUUUCUUCUGCAAUGCUACUUAUGGGCCAUGUUUUCACUACCAUCACUCGUGAACAUGUUUGUUACUCUUUCGAAACCCUUGCAACUUUGGUGGUGAUUUGACAGGCACAAAAAAUUUCGAGCCGAGCUCGUUCCCUGGCACUUGUUUGUUCCGCUUCGUCAAAAGUUGAGGAGAGUAGAUCUAGCAGCCACUGUGCAAUUGUGUCUAGAAGUUCCACUUUUCUCACUGGGAUCUGCGAAUAGGAGAAGUCCUCGGCGUUUCUAAUCCCGGGGAGUCCUGUUUGCUGCAGUUCAUAAUUUUUUUAUUCGUUGCCUUUCCUGCCAUCUUCUACUCAAUCCACUUGUCCUUCGACAAUUAUGACAAUAAGUAACUUACCACUUAUACCGCCGCGGGCCAUUUCGAAGCUCAGCGCAAAGCAAGGACGGUCCACUAAUCGAGGAUUGUGAUUAGACCAUGGUCAGGCAGAACUGAAUGGUCUCGUCCACUUAAUUACAUCGAUCCCUCACCUGCAUUCCUACCCGGUCUCAGAAAAACCUUCAGGGUGUAGACGUGGGCGGGCACCUAAAAAUCUCCACUACACCGAGAACGCCAUGUUACUUACGGGAUACCGCGACUUUCCAUAAAAGAUAACAUUGAGAUCUUGUGGCGUCUUCGAGGAAGUCGACCUAAAUGUGGGGACGCCUAAACAGAAGUUUGUCUCAAAAUCAAAGUCGCGUCUUCGUCCUCGAGUCACAUUUACGACAACAUCGGUACACCGAGCUAACCAUGCCGACGUUUUUACUCACGUCUGGUGCUGUGAUCCGGAAAAAUAGUGUCUGGUGGCCAAACUUCGCUUCUGUGGGACCCAUGCCAGAUCUCAUAUUAAACCACGGUCUCUGUGUCUAGCGUGGACACAGUGGUUGAAGCGUUCGAUGUAGCGACUGCAAAACCUAGAUCUACGCGUACUGCCCUCAACAAUCGCCUCACCGCCUAUCGCGCUCGCACUCCCGAAUCCGUUCCAGCUGCUCAGCGGCCAGCUAUAUUACCUACCCCCAGUCUUCAUUCCCUUUUCGACUCCAAUACGAUCGACACUUCUGCCUGAAUCCGAUUUUGGCACACAUUUAGCACUAGGGAACGGCUCUUUGAACAUCUUGGUGUGUCUUAGUUUCGAAGCUGAACUCUCUACCAGCCCCUCAAACCUCAGACACAAUCUAGUUGGGAUUGGCGAACGUCGAUUACGAUGAGAGAGCUAUCAGUGAAAACCGGAGGGGUCCCUGAUCUCAUGUACUUGACAUUUGCCACGAUGUUCACCUGGAAAUCUCCACUACACUGGGAAUCCUGUCAUUGCGUCCUGACCGAGGACCGAUUUGUCCUGUCAGUUAUUAUUUAUCCAAGCACCGCUCUUUAACACGUCAGCCUUAUUAUUAAUGAAUAAAAUGAGAGCCCUAUUCCCCCCUCCUUUCAAACAAGUAAAAAGUCCGCGUUAAAGCCGACUGGACGUGAAAUUGGACGCAGUAUCUGGCGUUUCCGAAAAUCCUCCUUCUACAUCUUUCCACCAUCUUCAUACGGCGCCCUUUUAGGCUCGACAGGAUGGUUUAUUAAAGUAUCUGUACUGGAAAAUGAACCAUUGGGCCCACUCACCCGGCCACACUGGUUUGCAGUUUCAGGCUUGUGCCAAAUGGUGGGUGGGGUCUUAUCUGACGCCAUGCGCGGAUGUUAUUGUAAGCAUAUUCGAGUCUUGCAUGUACGUUAAAAAAAAUAAGGUGUGUGGACAGAAGUUGGCCAGAAGUGACCCAGUUCCUUUGUGCUUCAAUCUUCCAAUUUUGUAUUUUUUCCCCGGCGUCCAUCAGCCUUGUGAUUUCGAAAGUCGUUACUCCUCUUUGCGCAGCUGACCGCCACUCAUUUUACUCCUGUGCGAGAAUAUACCAGGAUUUUCGGCGGUUCCGCAUCCUUUGUGUAGUACUUGGCCCAUAUGUUGCACAGAUUUGUGAAAAACAUCUCUCAACGCUUUUCAGUAGGGCAUUUCCUCCAUAUGUGACCGAUUUUUCCGUUUCUUACCGGUUUUUAAUGAAGUCUCAUUGGAAUUCUCCUCGUGUCCACGUCAGUAGUGGGUUGAAACCUCCACAUUUGUUGUCUUCUGGAUAUUUUUCAGUUGAAAAUUGCUAAAUCGCAGUGAUGGGUUACCGUAGAGCUAGUCGGAGAUCAAGAGCAGCGUUGAUGUCGACUUACAGAGGUCUGUUGGUCGACGUCUGAGAAAUCAGCACAUACCACUUCGUUCCUCACCUCCAGACUUAACAGUGGAAGCCUCGUUCCGUUCUUAGUUCGAUGCUGCAGGUUGCCAUUUGGGUCGGUGCUUUGUCUAGCAUAAAAGUGAAUAGUGUGGUGUUAGGUUUCUUGUUUAUUUUCAUUAGACCGUGGGCAUGAUUGUCUAGACAUCUAAGGCAUUGCUUGGCUUGUGUGCCCAUUUGUGACACCAUAUAUACUAAAUUGUGGGCUGGUCAUAGUACUUUUACCCAUUACAUACUGUUUCGUGACUGAGGGUCACUGUUAUCUAUGUGGUUGUUCUCCUAACCACCUUUGCCACCACAGAUCGGGGAAGUUCUAAGUCUUCGAUUUUUGGCGGCGGAGGAUGUGAGCUGCAUGCUUUAAUCAUGUAUAUAUACUCCUGUUUCACUUCCGCAGCACCGCUUUCAGCUGCUGCAAUGAACCGAAGACGUAAUCAUCGAUUAACGGCCUGACAGUGUUCUGAGGAACAAAACGCCUGGGUACCAUGAUGUUUGGGAUUCAGACGCAGCACGUAGGUGAUUAGAGAGAAGCAGUGACCUCUUGAGUUCACAUGCGUCAAUAGCGGUUAACUCAGUGACUUCCUCUCCAGGCUCGAGUGUCAACUUCGUUAGAGAAUUGGAUGUUGCUAAGCGUGUGUAGGGCCCUCACAGCACACGGUCUUAUGUGUGUUCAGACAGUUACAGAAGGUAGGCAGCAAGUUAUUUGUCCCUGUGCACACAAGUGUGCUGUGUGUUGGGGACGCUGGGUUUCCAAGCCCCGAGUUUUUAAAUCAAUACAAGUACACGCAUGUGCACACUCGUUCGGAAGCUAACACCGACACCGUAAAUCAGGGGAGGACAUCGUGCGCAAACAUUGUGCCUGCCCGUGCGCUUGUUGCCUUUGGCCCGAUUAUCGCUGCUCCUCCUGACCGUCGGUGUGAAAGAAUGCCUUUCAUCUUCGUGUUUUUUUGCAACUCGACUUUGAUUUGGACAUUUUAUUGCCUGAGCUCUGCCCUGGUCACAUACAUGUGCCCAUUUUUCAUUUAGCGUGCUUGUGUUCCUGUGCCCUCUCUUUGCUGGAAAAAGUACAUCCGGGAGGGUAGGGAGGAAUUGUGCCGUUCAUGGCAGGAUAUGAAAGCAAGCAUCUCAUAAUAUUGAUGCAAACCUGCAGAACCUUUCAAUGAGACCGGAUAUAUAAAAAGGCGUUUAUUCCGACCAUUGACAAUAGCUUGACUAAAGACUUUUUCGUGCGUUCAUCGACGGUCGGCAUCAGAACGGCCCUCAAUGAGGGCGAACUGCGAAACAGGCAGACUCCUGGAUCUGGCAAAGAAGCUGUCGCGCUUCAUACGACAGCGUUGCUUUCAGACGUUGCCGAGCACCCAGCUGGCACAUCAGUAAGGUCACGACCUCUAGCAGUCUUACUAUAUGACCGAUGCUGCCCACUCCUAGAUAAGGCCCCACUCGCCUUCCGACUCUAUCAUGAAACCUUGGAGUUUUGUCGAAGGGGUGAAUGGUAUUAUUAUUAUUAUUUCCACGUCACUACUACACGACUACUACCACUGUCAUCAAAACUACUACUACUCUGCCACAAGAUACCAUCAUAGCAGGCCAUCCACGCCACCAGUGUUCGGGGAGUCACAAUUAACUGAACUUUUAAACAAGUGGAAGGCUGUGGUCUGUGCACACCGGUUGGACUUACGGAGGACAACUGGAAAUGAAAAAAAGUUAUUUUCUGCCCAGUAAAAACAAACAUCAGCAAGCUGGACCUCUGAAUAGCCGUCUUCAAACUUCGUUACCAGCAAUUCAUUAGCCUCGAGACUAUACUUCAAGCCACGCAGUAGAAACGGCUAGCGCACUUUGGCUAAGGCCUCUCCUAGUUGACAACUGAAUCUCAAAGGCAGAGCAUCUAACCUGGUCAGACGUCUGUGGAAUUUCCUUACACGAAGAAUGCCUCUCUGUUUGGUAAAGCACAUAGGGUCUUCUCUCCAACUCUGUAUACCCAGGUAUUUGUUAUUUGUCAGGGAUACCUGACUCUGACCCUAAAAAGUCAUGUCCCGGAGAUUUAACUCCAAGUCCUGCACUGAUUAAUUUCUGAAAUUAUUCGCUUGAUUAUUCUCUGGAGUUCAUAUACCAGAAACCGCUAGAGAACGCUGGGGGUCCCACUGAAGAGCCGAACCCCUCGCAGCUGUGUCACGCAGCGGCAGAAUAUCGGCGCAACACGUGUCUGGGCUUUUAGCAAGUAUCUACGUCGGGAGUACGGUAUAAUACCUUAAAUAUAUGCGGGCUUUGACCAAAAAUAUGGCUUCGUCCUCCCUGUAUACUCGGCUAAUUAGGAACAGUGGCUGCCUAGUACCUAGUGCUCAAUUCCUCUGUCCUCCAACAUUUGCGUAUUCGCCUUGAUUCCGUCGAAACGUUCAAUGUUGUCCGUAGAACUGUCGGUAUCUUUCUGAAUCCCUUCUUCUGGUCCAUCCACACACGUUUUGCCGAUGUGGAAUGAAAGCAGAGACUACACAAGUCUCUUACUCAGUCGGUUAUCGCCUUCUAAACUAUACUGUGUGCGGAUGUAGUUGUGUCCCCUGCAUGUUAAAGAGGCAACUCUACUCCGCCUGGGAGUCGGCCUAUCAUAUAGUCACCAGCUGCCGCGGCUACUUUGUACGCAAUGUGCACAUCAUUGUCUACGUUCUUUUUGUGAAAAACCAAGCCGUCUUUCUUCUUCGCGCAUGUUGUUCCCUUUCGGCUUUUUGGCUUCGCCUUUUCCUUUUUUACGUCUCGGCCCCCAUGAUCAGUUUUGUCCCUGUUUGCUACCUGCUGCCGCCUUUUUGUCGCCUCUACCCUCCGACAGGUCCUUACUAGACGCACUCUAGUUCACGAUUUGACUUCCACCUGCCUGUAAAUUCAUUUCCAGAACCGCAUCCGAAUUACUGAAGCAGUUGACAGUGGAUGUCAGCUUCCUCGAUCUUGGGCGAACGAAAGCCGCACAACUUUGUGGGUCUAAGACUUCUGUCUCCCAGCAAUGCUCUUGAUAGUGACGUCUUACGUAGGCAGUCUUCUGUUUCCUGACUCUUGUUGGAUUAGGCCGAGCAGAUAGUGUAUGCGAUUAAUAACCGAACUCAGGGACCUUAAGUCAGUCAUUCAGGUGAGUGAAACCACGUUAGCUAGUGUCACCCACUCAAAGUAGACAAUUUCCUUAGUGCCAAUGCAGGCGAAAAGCCAAGGCCCAGAAAGCAGUUAGGAAGAAAGAAAUGUGGUCGUUGGAACAAGGAUCUUCGCUCGAUGUCCUGGAUUCUCACUCGGACCCAUCAUCGGAAACGGCAGGAACCCUUAUCUGUGGCCGUCUCUGUUGAUGGGUUCGAGUGAGAUUUAGAACUGUCCCGCGAACAAGAUUCUUGUUCUAGCAACGAAACCCCCUUCUCAAUUUCCCUAUUUCAUGCAACGUCCGGAUAAGGUUUCAUUGAUUUAUGCCCUGGAAUGUUGUGGUGGGACCGCGUAAUUAUGACAAAUGGAUUGCGUUCCACGCACGGAAGCCUCACGGCAGAACGUGGGCGUGAAGGCCCAUCGACCAACAAAACAUCGUAAAGAUUGCCCACGCAGUAGUCGAAGGGGCGUAGAGGAUCAGUGCUAUGGGCCAACAAUGGAAUCGAUCUGCCCGCCGGUCACCAAAAUGCUAACACCGGAGAAUGCCCGUGGCAUAGGUGUUGCUAAUGUUUACGAACUUGUCACGGUACAUUCUCCAGAAUAAAAGCCUCGUUUCACGGAGCACGCAUUGCUCAAACAUACAAAGUAGGUCUCAACAGCCAAUCGUUUUUUUAUUUCCACACGUUACCGAACCACUAUCUUACUAAGAGAAUCUAAAAUUAAUUGUCAGAAAGUUUGACAGCUUGAAUCAUUUCCUACUUCGACAAGGUUCGCGAGCUCCACAUCAACAGUGCGGGGAAGCUGUUUCAGACAGCGCUUAGCAUAGCAUGCCAAGAAACGUCGAUUUCGUGCUCACUUCAUGAGGAAGGUUAAGGAGGUAUGGGUCUUCCUGUGCAAAAAUAAACCUGUUGGUGUGGCUUAAUAUGCUGUAGUUAUUUUUAUCUAGCAUUGACUUGACAUCCGACGAUGGCGUUUCUACUGUAUACAACUUACUGUUUUGAUUUGGUACAAAAUUACCACGUCGUACUUGUGGCGCUGUGUGCUUUCGUCAUUAAUUCGCUUGUAUAAGGUUGUGGAGACAGGACUCGUCAGAUUUUGCUUCGAUUUUUAUGAUAUUUAUCUGCUGUCAACCAAAUCAUCCUUGGUGGUGCAGUCAAGCCCCCUCAGCAUACCUCAAACAGGUACUAGGUAAGGUCUUGGACCGUUCUGAUGUUUUAUGCUGCUGCACAACGCAACUGCGGGGUUUUCGACUCAUUAAUGCCUCCCUCACCCCAGUGUUUCCUAGGGCUUCUUAAGUUCGGCCUCUACAGUAUCUGACCUGUCUCAUGAAAUGUUCAGCGAAAAUCUAAAAUGUGUUUUCGUUUAGAAGGGAUUACCUAUGUUGGGUUGUAAUGCUUAUUAUUGUGCAGCAUAAUCGCAAGAUAUCUCAGUCACGACAGGAACCCGGCUUUUGAAUGGACUUCCUUCCGGGAGCCCGCAUAAACCAAACUCGGUAAAAGUGACUACUGAAGUGGUGUGACUUUUUUGAAUGGAUUUUUAACGCACUUGUAAAUUCAAGUAUACUUUAUAGAAAACAUGCUCAUAAAUAUUCCUUUUUUAUGCUUAUCUGUUGCCAAAUUUCUCCUAAUUGUAUACUUAAGGACAGGGCACCUUUAGUUUUUGAAAAACUGAAUUCCCGAACAAUUUCCAACAUGGUUUUCAAUUUCACUUGAACUUGGGUUUCCAAACAGCAUGCUGUAUGCUUCUUGUGUAAAGGAAUCACACAUCCCCCCCUUAUCAAGAAGAAUUCAUAUAGGGCUCAUAAAAUUUUUCAGUGGAUACGGAGCUUAUCCUGGGCAACAUUACAAAAUUGACAAGUACAAUGCUUCAUGAGGGGACAUUUCAUGAUACCGGAAAAUCUCAUAAGUACAAAAUUUUUAGACCUACAGACGUCCAUCCCUCGGGUGGGAAAUUUUAAAAAGUGUUUUGAUGCCAGGUGAUCACAGGAAGAAUAUUUUUGGGUGUAUUUUCUAUAACAUACGUCCGAAUUUAUAAGGGCAUCGAAAAUUAAUGGAAAAAUGCAUACUACUUAUGUAAUUACUUUCUUAGUCCCUAUUUCCGUGAUUUGGCCGGUCGUACUCUCCUGGUUAUUAGUAGUAUGUGUCGUUGGUCGCUUGUGGUUCUGCAUUUCUUACUAGUCCCCCCCCCCUUGUUUGUGUAUUGCAGUCAAAAGGGAAAAAUAACUGCGGACAAUACGACUGCUGCCUGCGCCUCUCCGCUCACUUCUACCUCCAACCACGAGAGUGAGGGCGUUAGUGGAGCUUCUGUGUCCCAACCAACCCCUCCUGCUCCUUCCGCACUGCCGAACGUGACGGUGGAAGAGGCAGUUCGACGCUUGGUUGACGAUAUGUCCACUAUUCCCUCGGCCACUCCUAACUACAAAAACAGCAUCCAAGAGGACGAAUUGAAGAGCCUCAAUGCCGCUCGCGCAGCAGCUGCCGCUGCUGCCAUGGGGGCAGCUCUGGGACUUCAUUUUAAUGCACCGGGCGUCGGAGAGUCAUAUCAUCAUCAUACUCCUGCGCCCAUCAUUUCCUGUUCGCCUGGUCGCCCCAAGGGUUCCGGCAAUGCCAACUACAAUGCAACCAAUCACCCCCUCCUUGAUGUCUACCCAAAGCUGGAGUCCUCUGCUACCGGUGACCCGAUCGUCGCCCGACCCUACCAGUGUGCCACUUGUGGACGUAGUUUUGCUGUAAAGGCGGGCCUCAUGCAGCACCUGCGCACUCACACGGACGAACGACCUUACCCCUGUCCCGAGUGCGGUCGUGCCUUCAAACAGAAGAUUCAGCUGACCACACACAUGCGAGUGCACAGUGGGGAGCGUCCUUACGGCUGUCGCAUUUGCGGCAAACUGUUUCGCCAACAGAGUCAUGUGGUCCAGCACCUGCGUACACACACCGGUGAGAAGCCGCACAAAUGUGGCCGUUGCAACAAGGCCUUCCGCCAGAAAUACAGUCUCAUCUCGCACCAAAGAAGAAUGUGUCAGAGCCGGGCUUCCUCGAACUCUAUGAUGGCGGGUAUGACUAUGUGGAUUGGCCCGACGGGUGUUGCCACCGUGGGUAGCGGUGGCUUCACGAAUGAACGAACAGCCUUCGAGUCGAGUCUAUCGACACAUGUCAGAGAAGGGCAGGGGGAGGGCGAGGAAACUUUUAAGGGGGUCGUCGAGGCGAAGACGGAAGCUGCCCCGCCCAACUCGCAAUCGGAAGAUCACUCCAGUCUCUCCAACCGCUCCUGCAGCAGUCCAGCCAGUUCGCACGAGCUCGCUCUCACUUCAGAUGGCGGUGGUGAUGGCGGAACCAAGUCUGCUGAUCUCUGCGCUCUCUCCUAUCAUCAUCAAGAAAAGCAACUUUCACCCGACUCGAACCCCCAUCUGCACCCUAGUCACCACCACCAUUCCCCCCGGAUUUCCGCUGCUGGUAGCCCCUACGUGGAUGUCGCAGAUCGCGGCCGGAGAUCCUACAUGGACAACGAAUACACGUCUUUUACCACUUUUCCAAACUCCGACCGUGUGCGCCUGAAUGGCGCCUUUUCGGGGUGUCUGGAGGACCCAGUGGAAUCUACUUUGUAG